ACCGAAAGCGUGCCUGCACUUCGCGCUGCUCUGCCACACGGUCACACGGUCACACUGCACGCUGACGCGUUUCAUUUCGCGAAGGCUGCGCGCGCGGAUUACGGUUAAUUUUCAGUUGGUUUACAAACUUUACAAACGGCGUACGCUUAUCGCGAUCGCUUUUACCAACAAGCCGCACUAGUUGCCCAAAUACCCAAAUAACGGGUAUGUGACACAAGAAAAGUGCUGCCGGUUGUCAAUUAGCUAAUUGAAUGGGAAAGUGCAAGUGAUCGCACUGCAACGGUUAACGGUUGUUUUUUUUUCCAUAAACCCAUAAACCAAAACUAAUAAAUUGUUUAAUAUAUUGCAUUUCAAUAUUUGUAAACCCGCGUUAAUUGUAAGGCAAUCGUGCGCGCCUGCCUAUUUUUAUUAAAUAUUUCGUUGCAAUCGGCAUGAUAAAAAAAGUCGACGAAAUUCGUUUUUUUUUUGUUUUUGUUGAGAGUGCAAGAUCGUGCGUGCGUGUGUGUUUGUGUGUGUGCGCAUGUGUAAUUGUGAGGAAGUUAUAGUUUAAUGUUGGUUAGCUUCAAUUGUCGAGCAACACAGAAAAAAGAAAUAAAUAAAUAAAACAGCGGCAACAACAACAAAGUGAUGCUGAUUGAUGUCACACACACCACGGAACAAAAAAUAAAAUAAAUUAUCACCUUGAAGGGGUUUAUCAAUUUCGCCAGCACAUAAAGAUGUUAUCUUGGAAAACCGUUUAGAGGCGAGCCUGUGAAAUUAUCAGUACUGCAGAUUUGCCAGCGCUCACAAACGGAAACGGAAGUGACGCCCGAAAGGAAAAGGGGAAGAGCAAGAGGAAGCGCAGGACGGCAGGACGGCAGGACAAACGGCUGAAUAAUGCAAAUUAAAACACAAUAAAAUGUAAAACACAAAUGACAACGGAGAACACGAGCUGCAAAAGGCUAAAGGAGCUACAACAAAACAAAAACAAAAACAAAAGCAAAAAAAUAGUAAAAGGCGAAUCGGUUGACAUGCCAAAAAAAAAUGCGAGUGGCGGCAACUUUUCCACUGAAUUGAUUUGAUUUUCAGUAAGGAGUACAGCCGGAAUACGGAGCGUAUGCGCGAUACGUAUACGCGAUAUAUAGGGCGCCGCGGGAGCGGCAGAAAUUUGCAUAACUUUGCUGGCGUGGCAUAAACAUCAAAAAGCAAAUUGCAAGUAACAAAGGGAAGCAAUGGUCAUAAAAACGGCGCCAGCCUCGUAAAAAUACGUAAAAAGAAAUUCUCGCAAAACCCCCGCUCUUUAGGUGAAAAUUAAUUUAUGCAGCAAAUCAAAUACGAAUAGGGAAGAAAUAUAAAAGUAAUCGCAGGCCGUAACAAUUAAGACAGACGGGGGCGCAAAGGAAAAGCCGGGAAAGCGAGGAAAACGCUGAAAAAAUCAAGUGCAGCAGCAGCCGAAAAAAGGAAACCCAGAGUCGAGCAAACCAGUUAGCAAGGGUUGCUUAUAAAUGUACCAAGACAGCGGCUGCAGCAGCAGUAGCAGUCGACGCGGCAGCAGCAGUGCAGCAGCAGCAACAUCUACAGCAGCAACUGCAGCAGAAACUGCUGCAGCAACAGCAGCAGCAACAGCAGCAGCAGCAGCAACCACAACCAGCAGCAGCGACGAGGAAACACUCGAGACUCUGACGAUUAUAACGACCACCAUCACCGAUAGCGAUAUCCAUGCGACCACAACAACCACGACGGUUAUAGCCAGCGGCACGGCGACAACAGCAGCAGCGGCAGCGACAACAGCAACACUUGCCACACUUGCAACACUCGCCAGCAACAGCGACAUCGAGGACAGCAGUCCGGUGGAGAGCGAGGAUAGCGAGGAGUGCGAGUAUAUCGAGAUCGAUUGCCAGACGACCGCCCAGGAAGGCACUUCGCCAAGUGGCGGCAGCAGCAGCAGCGGCAAUGCGGCCUUGCUGCAACGCAGCAGCAACAACCUCCAGCAGCUGCAACAACAGCAGCUGCAGCAACAGCAGCAGCAGCAGCAGCAACAUUGGCAACUGCAGCUGCAGCAGGCGGACGAGCGAUUGUUGCGCAAAAUCGGCUAUAUUGCAUCGCGAGUGCGCUGCCUGUCCAAGUACUACGGCGAUUUCCGGCUGGUGAAUCCGUACAGUGCCCGUCGCCAGAGGCGCCAGCUGCAGGAGAUACUGCUGCGGCACUCGAUCUUCGAUCCUGGCAAGGAGCACCAGCGGGCGAUUGUCUUGGCCGCGGCAACAGCGGCGAUUGCCGGUCCUCUGGCUGCCAUCGAUUGCGUCUGCGGCAGCAGCAGCAUCAGUUUAGAGGCGGUCAGCAGCAGAAGCCGCAGCAGUGAGCUGGAGGACGAUCACCACGAGCAGGAACAGGUGCAGGAGGAGCAGGAGGAGGAGCAGGAGCAGGAUCAGGAUCGGGCAGAUACCGAGGAACACGAAGAGGAGGUGCAAGAGCACCCUAGUGAGAAGCCAGAGAGAACAGACAUUGAGGAGCAGCCACCGCCGGCGAUCGCAGUGACCACCACCACCACGGCCACCGUGCGCCGGAAGUCCUCGAGCAGUUCCACCAUCAGCGGCACGGCCACCGUUUCCGGUUCCGUUUCUGUUUCGGCCUCCGCCUCGCAAUCCUUUUGCUCCAACAACAUCAAUCUGCUCGAGGAGCUGCUCAUCCAGUUCUACGAGGAGCAGGAUCAUCGCAGCAACCUAACCGUGAUCCGACAUCAUCAUCAUCAGCAGCACCAGCAGCACCAGCAGCAGCAAAGGAUCACCAACAAUAACAACAACAAUAACAAUUGCAACAGCAUACAGAACAACAACAACAUGUCGAAUCCCGCGGCAACAGCGGCAGCAACAACAACGCCAUCGGUGGAACAACCGGCAACCUCGAGCACCACCACCAACACCCACUUGCAACCCACCUCCCUGCCCGAUGGCAGCGAUAAUCCGCGACGCCGCCGGGCCAGCGAUUGCUCAGCGGUCCAGGCCGCCCUCCAGAAUCAGCUGCACUGCAUCACGCUGAAGAACAACAAUUGCGGCAAGGCGCUGCCCUUCCAUCGCGGCAGUUGCGGCGCCGCCGGUGAGCACCUGUUGGCCGCCAACUCGAUAGCCAAUCGUGCCACCAUUAUUCUGAGCAAAUCCUGCAGCAAUGUGGAUGGUGAUGCCACUGCCACAACGGCAACCGCGCUGAGCUCAACGGUUGGCGGUGGCAUUGGUGGCAUUGGUGGCAGCAUUAAGAUGCGGGCCAGUGCCACAGAUAUCGAGACGAAUGCAUUGAACGGUGCACGAGACGCCAUUGUCGCAUCGAAUAACGGUAAUAACGGCAAUAAUGGAAAUAACGGGAACAACGAGUACAGCAUCCUGCAGCUGAACAACACGAUCAUCCAGUGCCACUUCAACGACGACGACUUUCGCGCCCUGGUCAAGGACCUCAAGCGCAAGGUCGAGUACACGGAGCGCAUGAACUGGCUAUGUCUCUCCAAGCGACCGCUGGGCCCGCCGCAUCGUAAAAGCAGUCUACCAAAGCAUCAGGAGGUGAAGCGCCGCUUCCUGGAAAUUUGUGAUACGACCUUCUCGGAGGAGGUGAGGGCCGCCCUCCGCCUGCCGGCCUUCGACUCCUACGAGUGGGGCGAUGCCGACGUCAUCCACCUCAUGCAGACCAUGUUCGUCGAGCUGGGGUUCAUCGAGAAGUUCAGCAUUCCGGUGGACACGUUGCGCGAGUGGCUCUAUGAGGUAUACAAGCACUACAACGAGGUGCCCUUCCACAACUUUCGGCACUGCUUCUGCGUUGCCCAAAUGAUGUAUGCCAUAACGCGCCAGGCGAAUCUGCUGAGUCGCCUGGGCGACCUAGAGUGUCUGAUCCUGUUGGUGUCCUGCAUUUGCCACGACCUCGACCAUCCCGGCUACAACAACAUCUACCAGAUCAAUGCCCGCACCGAGCUGGCUCUCAGAUACAAUGACAUCUCACCGCUGGAGAACCACCACUGUUCGAUAGCGUUCCGCCUGCUGGAGCACCCCGAAUGCAAUAUAUUCAAGAACUUUAGCCGCGACACCUUCAAUAACAUUCGCGAGGGCAUCAUCCGGUGCAUUUUGGCCACGGACAUGGCCCGUCACAAUGAAAUCCUCACGCAGUUUAUGGAGAUAACGCCCAUCUUCGACUACAGCAACCGCGCCCACAUCAAUCUGCUCUGCAUGAUCCUGAUCAAGGUGGCGGACAUCUCGAACGAGGCGCGGCCCAUGGACGUGGCCGAGCCCUGGCUGGAUCGGCUGCUCCAGGAGUUCUUCGCCCAGAGCGCCGCCGAGAAGUCCGAGGGACUGCCGGUGACGCCCUUCAUGGAUCCGGACAAGGUCAGCAAGCCGGGCUCGCAGGUGCGCUUCAUCGGACUCGUUCUCCUGCCCCUUUUUGAGGCGCUGGGCGAGCUGGUGCCGGAGCUCACCGAGCUCAUCAUCAUACCCGUGCGCAUCGCCCUCGAGUACUACAGGCGCCUCAACGACGCCCAGACGAAAACGCGCAAGUCGGUGGCGGACAGCAAUACGUCCGCGACCUCCGAUAGCAACAGCGGCACCAUCGACUCCAAUGCGGCGAUGGUCAGCACUCCGGGCGCAGCCAGCGACAAGCUCAGCUUGGACAAGGGACAGGGCAAUUCGCAGGGCUCGGGCGGCGGCGGUGGAGGAGGAGGAGGAGGAGGAGCCGGCGGCGCUGGCGGUGGAACUGGAACUGGAUCUGGGUCGGGAUCCGGCGGAGGCGGAGGCGGCAGCAACGCCGCCGGGAGCGUAUCGCCGCAAAUGCCGCGCUCCGGUUCCGGGAUCAGUGUGAAGUCGCGCCGCAGCAUUCCAUCGCAAAAGUCCGCCUCCAGGACGUCCGUGGACGAGCCCGGAGGAAUGGCGGCGGAGCUCCACGAUUUGCCGGAGGGCAGCGAGAGCGGCGACUCGGAGACGGCCACCGAAGUUGAUGUGGCCGAGAAGACCUCCAAAUUCAAGGUGGACACCGAGGGCAGCAGCAACCGCAGCAAGUCCUCGCACUCCACCUCCCGCAAGUCCUCCCGCGAGAAGCGCCCCUCGAUGAUAGGCGAACUGUGCAGCAGCGGCGGUGGCCAGCGGAUCCGGAACUCGUACGGCAACAUCCACGGCUAUCACAGCAACCGCUGCCACUUUGGCAACAACCGGGCGGUCAGCCUGGAUCAGUACAGCAGCGCCGGUAACAAUCGCCGCCUGUCGGAUGGACUGCCGCAGGUGAUCUCGGACAGCAAUGUGUUCUACGGCCGGCACAACCGGAGCAGCGCUGAGACCACUGGCGCCGGCGGUGUGGUGGUUGCCAUUCCGCAGGACACCAAUGCGAACACCAACCACCCGGUGGGAUGCCCAUUGAAGGAGCUAUUGGCCCGCACCGAGGCGGACUCGGAGGGUGAGGGCGAUGGCAGUGGCAGGAGGGAGGAGAAGAAAAUUGCGCUGGUCAUGCCGUCGAUGCCGCAGCUGGCCACAUCAUCGAACGGCAACAUAUCGCCGACACUGGUGGUCACCGAGCAGCAAGGAAUCCUGCCCAGCAACGGCAGCACACGGAGCAGCGCCAGCAGUGGACGCGGCGGCUCCGGAGUGCCUGGUGCAUCGGGUGGCGCUGGGAUGCCCGGACCAUCGGCCGUCUCUGGAAGUUCCUGGAAAUCGAGACUGCGCCAGUUCUCCGAUUACUUUAGCUUCAGCUUCGAUAAGAGCAACAAGCGCUUCGGCAGCACACGCAGCAGUCCGUGUCCCGGUUCCAAUGCCAGUUCGGGACGGGCCAACAACAAUGCCAAUGGCCUGGGUGAGAAUCAGGACGGAUUGGGAGCAGGCGGCGCCAUAAAACCGGGCAUGUGCUGCACCACCAUCACCCACAGCACAGGAUCGCCGAUAAAAGGCGAGACGAGAGCGGGAACCGCUGGCGUAGGCGUGGGCACUGUGACCACCAUGACCACCAUGAGCACCGGAAAUGAUGCCCAUCAGCGCCAUCGCGCCUACAGCCUGGAUGUGCCCGGCAUGAUGAGAUGCUCCUCCAAUGACAGCAGUCGCCAUCCCAGCAACAAUACGCUUCAGAGUGCGGGUGGCGGCGCAGUCAUGACCACCGGAUUAGAGGUCACAGCCCAACGAGUGCCGCCCAGCCUGAGCGUGGAAAUGGGCCUGGCCAGCGGCUCAUCAUCAGAGGCGGGCCCACGGAUUUGACAACAGGGGAGCAUCAGGGAGGAUGCGGUAGCCAUUAGCAAGGGCUACGACGGGGCCGUUGAGCAACAGGAGGUGGAGGAGCAGGAGGAGGAGGAGCAGGAGCAGGACGACGAUGAGGGCCGCGAGGAGCAGCGCCAGCUGCAGCGGCAUCAGCAGCAGCCGGACGCUUCUUCCAGCUGCGAGGUGUCCUCCAUGUCGAUGACCGUGUGGUCGGCGAUUGGUCAGCGUUUGAACGCCCUCGUCUGCCAUUGCUGCGAACGCAAAUUACCAGAACCAGAAAAUGUCUAA